CUCUCUUUAUCAUUAUCAUUAAUAUUAUAACAACAUGUUUUUCACCAACCAUUGUUCAUUAUAAAUUUACUCUACAAAGCCUGAAACCACCCAAAAUUCUCACCUUCUCAACUUCAUCUCCUCUCUGUAAUAGUUCCCUCUCUGCAUUAUCCCACUCUGUUUUUCUCUUCUUGCUCUGUUUCAUUGGUCUUCCCCUGUUACUCACCAAUGAUUACACCAAAGCGGGUCCACAGAUUCUUCAAGUUCCGUGCUUUAGUGCAUUCCCUUAUCUAUGCCAACCAUUCUUUGUGCCCUGUGAAUGCCCAAAACUGACCCUGUGCUCAACCCUUAUCUGCCACAAGUCCCCUGCAUCCAAAGGAAGUACUUUGACACCAACCUGUCACUUUCCUUGUCAAAUAGUACCUCCUUAUUCUCCCAUCCAAUCACCCACACCUUGCCCCACUUUCUCAUCCUUGAAACUUUGGUUUUCAAAUAGAACAGAAACUAGAAAAAUCAAAUGGUUGCUAAGGACUAUAACCACUUAACAUGUACGGUUCUCAACAUGGGCAAAAUCAUGCAGAGCAUUGACUAUUCUACACUUUUCUGGUUAUUUUUUGGGGUCUUCUCUCACGUAAAUCAUGAAGGAAAGCCUCGAAUCUAGGAUAAUACCAUAAGACAAUCUUGUUCUAUCCCUUUCUUAUUUUCUGCACAAAGAAAGCUGCAGCCCGUAAGAGAUAGUGUUUCAGCAAAUAUAAGAGGCUGUUGUCAAGUUAGUACAUAUAGAUAACUAUCGAUCAUGGCAGAACAUUGUUAUGUGGAAACCGACCCAACUGGUCGUUAUGGCAGGUUUGGAGACGUUCUUGGAAAAGGGGCAAUGAAGACUGUGUACAAAGCAAUUGAUGAGGUUCUUGGAAUUGAGGUAGCAUGGAACCAAGUCAGACUCAACGAGGCCCUUCGCACUCCUGAAGAUUUGCAGAGGCUUUACUCAGAGGUUCAUCUCCUCAGUACCCUCAAGCAUCAGUCCAUCAUAAGAUUCUACACUUCUUGGAUUGAUGUUGAUAACAGGGCCUUCAACUUUAUCACAGAAUUGUUCACAUCAGGGUCACUUAGAGAAUACAGGAAGAAAUAUGAGCGUGUCAGCAUACAAGCUAUAAAGAAUUGGGCUCGCCAAAUCUUACAAGGUCUUGUUUAUCUACAUGGCCAUGAUCCACCAGUUAUCCACAGGGACCUUAAAUGUGAUAACAUAUUUGUUAAUGGUCAUCUUGGACAAGUAAAAAUUGGUGACCUGGGACUUGCUGCAAUUCUUCGUGGAUCCCAAUCAGCACACAGUGUCAUAGGUACUCCUGAGUUCAUGGCACCAGAGUUGUACGAGGAAGAAUACAAUGAACUUGCUGAUGUGUACUCAUUUGGCAUGUGUGUGUUGGAAAUGCUUACAUCGGAAUAUCCAUAUAGUGAAUGUUCUAAUCCAGCCCAAAUCUACAAGAAAGUGACAUCGGGAAAACUACCAAUGGCGUUUUUCCGGAUUGAAGACAUGGAAGCACAAAGGUUUAUUGGAAAAUGCUUGCUACCUGCAGAAAAGAGGCCUUCGGCAAAAGAAUUGUUGCUUGACCUGUUUCUUGCAUCUGAUGAUCCAUCAUCAACAACGAAAUUUGCAAUUCAGAAGCCAUUUUUAAAUGCCACUGAGAUGGAGAAACUACAAUUAAAUGAUGAUCUUCCGAGGACUGGAAUGAAAGUGAUAGGAAAACUGAAUCCUGAAGAUGAUACUAUCUUUCUCAAAGUACAAAUUUCUGAUAAGAAUGGUUCUGUUAGGAAUGUAUUCUUUCCCUUUGACAUUUUCAAUGACACCCCUAUUGAUGUUGCAACUGAGAUGGUGAAAGAGUUGGAGAUUUCUGAUUGGGAACCUUUUGAGAUUGCAAAUAUGAUUGAUAGAGAGAUAUCUGCUCUGCUACCUCAGAAGAGGCAAACUAGCUGUUCAGAUGCCUUCCACACAUUCAGUUAUAUAGAUGAUGAUGAUUGUGAUGAUAAUGAUGCACCUCAUCAUCAUUUUCGCUCCUUCUCUUCAAGUUCAUCAUUCCAAGAAUCAAUGCCAGAUUUUGUCAGUAAAGCUGAGGAAAUAUCAAGUGGAUAUUAUUGGCUCCAUGAUGAUUCACAUGAUGAUACCAGUUCACGAUGCUCUUCACAGGGGACAUAUUCCAACCUGAAUUACUCUUCUGUGGAUGAUCAUCAGGAUCAGUACAAUAUGCCUUCUUUGAGAAAAGAUAAACUUCCCAUCAUGAAGAGUCACUGCAAGGGCAAAAAGGUUUCCCCUGGCGAAGACUUGAGCAAUUUCAACCAAUGUAAAUUCAUGGCAGGAUCACAGGUUCCUUUUACUAGUAAAAGUAAGAUGAUGAUGAACAAUCAAAGGUUAACAAGGAACAGGUCAUUGAUUGAUAUAAGGAGCCAACUAUUACACCGAUCACUGGUUGAGGAGGUCAACAAAAGAAGGUUGUUCAAGACAGUUGGUGCUGUGGAAAAUAUUGGAUUUCAGGCACCUUGUGAUGUUACAACAAAAAGGUCACAUCAUGUAUCUGCUGCUAGGAAUGAGAACUGUUCAAGGAGGGGCAAGGGGGACAAAAAUAAGAGAUGAAAACAUUUACAUGUGUCUCUUGAACAUUGAACAAUAAAUAAAUGGAAUGCAUAGCCUUUUGUGUUA